AUGGCAGCAGUGAGCUUCACGCUCUGUGAGGAGCAGUUCCUCUGCUCCAUCUGUCUGGAGGUCUUCACUGAUCCAGUCACAACAUCAUGUGGACACAGCUUCUGUUGCAUCUGCAUAAACCGACACUGGGACUGCAGUGUCCGCUGCAGCUGUCCAGUCUGUAAACAUGACUUCAGACCAAAACCACAGCUGAAGGUCAAUACUAUUUUAGCAGAGAUGGUCUCUCAGUUCAGAUAUAAGUCCCAAGAUGAAGACACAGGGAUAGAGGCUCAAUCCACUGCUCCAGGAGAGGUGCUCUGUGACCUGUGUCCAAAGCCCAGGCUCAGAGCCCUGAAGUCCUGCCUGGUGUGUCUGCUGUCGUACUGUGAGAGCCACCUGCAGCCUCACCUCACUAACCCCCGUCUGAAGAGGCACCAUCUGAUCCACCCUCUGCCCAACCUGGAGGAGCACAUCUGCCCUGAGCACCAGUGGCCCCUGGAGCUCUUCUGUAGGGACCACUCACUGUUGGUUUGUCUGAAGUGCACAGCUGAAGAGCAUAGAGACCAUCAGACAGUCUCUCUGAAGGAGCAGGGAGAGGAUCAGCUGGCCACGCUGAAGCUACAGAUCAAAGAAAGACGUGUGAAGGUCCAGGAGAUCCAGCGCUCAGUGGAGCAGAGUCAGAGAAAGGCAGACGCAGAAAUACAAGAAGGCCUCAGAGUCUUCACCGCUUUGCUGGAGCGUGUUCAGCAAAGUGCAGACAGCUUCAAACAGAGCAUUAGAGAAAAGCAUCAGAAGGUGGAGGAGGAGGCGUCUCAGCUGAUAGAGCAGAUCCAGACAGAGAUCUCUGAGCUGGAGCAGAGAGGAGCUGAGAUGGAGCAGCUGUGGACCUCUGGAGACCACCUGUCCUUUGUCCAAACCUUCACCACAGUCAAACCUGCUCCACAGCUCAGCGACUGGAGCCAGAAGACUGUCAGGACCCCGUCGUACAAGGGGACAGGGGCCCAAGCUGUGUCUGAGCUGAGCGGCAAACUGAACAUGGAGAUGGAGGCGUUCUUUGAAGUGGAAUUUGAAAAAGCACAAGAAUUUGCAGUUGAGGUUUCUCUAGAUCCAAAAACGGCACAUCCAGACUUGGUUCUGUCUAAAGAUCUCAAACAGGUUUAUGACUGUGACCAAACACAGACUCUCCCAGACAACCCUGAGAGAUUUACUUAUUUGGGGUGUGUUUUAGGGAAACAAAAGUUCUCAUCGGGAAAGUUUUAUUUUGAGGUUCAGGUCAAAGAAAAGACAUCCUGGGAAGUAGGAGUGGUUAAAGAGUCAGUGGAUCGCAAAGCAGAAGAAGACUCUCUGACUGUACAGAAAGGAUACUGGACACUCAACUUAGAUGAUGAUUACAAAACUUCAGACGACCCUCCUGUAAUUAUCUCUGUGAAGGGCCGUCCAAAGAAGGUUGGUGUGUUUGUGGAUUAUGAUGAAGGGCUGGUCUCCUUCUAUGAUGUGGAUAAAGAGUCUUUCCUUUAUUCUUUCACUGACUGUUGCUUCACUGAGAACAUUUUGCCGUUUUUCGAUCCACACGGCGACUCUGCCCCUAUGGUCCUGAAGCCUGUGAGGCAGUUGGUUCAGCAUUACAAAAAGUAA